ACAUACAUACAUACAUACACAUAUAUUUAUGUUUGUGUUUUGGCUAACUUGAUUGCAUUUGUAUCAAUCAAUGGAUAAGGAGGAGGAGAGAUUCAGAGAGAAACUGAAGAUAAAGAGCAAGUCCAAGUUUGUUGGGGUGAGACAAAGAGCUUCUGGGAAAUGGGCUGCAGAGAUCAAAGACACAUCAAAGAAGAUUAGAAUGUGGCUUGGAACCUAUCAAACUGCUGAGGAAGCUGCUAAAGCUUAUGAUGAGGCUGCUUUCCUCCUUCGAGGUUCAAACACUCGCACCAACUUCUCUACUCAUGCAAUUGCUGCUAAUUCUCCUAUCUCUCUCAAACUCAGAAACCUCCUUGAUCGUAAAGGCAUCUCAAAUCAAAUUCAAAUUCAAAACCAGUCCACUGUCCAAGGUUCUUCUACUGCACCUAGUUCAAAUGGUAGUGCCAUUAACAGCAUCAUGGUCACCAAAGACAACUCUGCAUGUAGCAAUGAAGUUGAUUCUUUGUUUUGGGUUCAGAACCAAGUCUCUGAUAAUCCAUAUGGGAUAGAUAUGAAUAUGAUAAACUGCUCGAUUGGUAUUGCACCAAAUACAUCACAGUUUGAUUAUUCUUGGCCAUUAGCCCAUCAAAGGAUUAGCGAGUUACCAAUACCAAAAGAUGGUUUGAAUGAAUGCUAUGUGGAGGAUACAUAUAAGUAUGAAUAUGAUGUCAAUUAUCCUCUCUCCAAUUUUUUCUGCUUCACUUGAUGUCUAUCUUGCUAUCCCUUCUUAAU